CUCUGUGGCUUAUAUAACUAUAAUGAACAUUUGGAACAUUUUUUAAUUAAAAUUUUGGCGCUUGUUUUCAUUGUGACGAAUAAAAGUAAAAUAUGAAAAAAAAUGAUGGCACAUUAAUUCUUAAACAAAGUUCGUUUUAAACUUUUAAGAUGGGAAUUAUUAUCUCGUACUUCUCUGACGAUGCCUUGAAAAAUAAGGUGGAGACUGACUAUAUAAAGCCCAAAAUAUACGGAAAACUUGAUGGACCAGUUUUUAUUAACUUAGACUACAACAAUAUUUAUGCAACAAGGCAUUACGAUGCAUCACUGUGGGUUUCGACGGUUGUUUCGGGAAACUUAAAUAAAGCAUGGAAUGAAGGUUUGCCAAAACUUAAAGAAUACAUCAACGGCAAAAAUCAAAAAAAAUGGGUACUACCAAAACCUUGCAUUGUAACAAUGAAAAGAACUUGUUCAAAUGAAUUUAAUGCGAAACUAAACCUUAAUAGCAAUUUAAUUGAGACAAACAAGACAACAGUUUCAAUGUUUAUAUCAAAACAUUUUUCAUGCGAAGCCCCUGGACCAUUAGAUAGUACAGUGUUCCUACAAGAAGAAUACAAACGCAUAUUCUACUGUGGCAUUUUUAAUGGCCAGUAUUUUGCAGAGGAAAACACAAACAAAUAUUUUCAAAUUUUACAUGCUAAAUUGAUGAGUAACAAUGAAACAUUUGAUAAACAUUCUUUUAUUAUUGCAUUUUACAAUAUUAAAAUAAAAAAAAUUGGCAAGCAAAAAUACUUUGAGUGUUGGUUGUAUGGCGACAGAAUAGAAAGUGAUUUUAAAUGUUUAAAAACGUACCAAGAAGAAAACAAUGAAUUAGAGGAGAGUAAAGGAGAAAUGGAAAACGAUGCUGGAGAAAAUGAUGAUUAAUCACAUAAUUCUUUUUAUUAAGAUGACAACCAAAAUUAAAAACAAAGAACAAUCAAAACAACAGUUCUUUUGUGUACAAUUGCAAAAGAACUGUUGUUUUGAUAGUAGUAAAUAUUGCAUUGCUUAUACAGAAUUGCUUACUAAUUGAAUUGCAAAAACAGUUUUCCUUA